AUGACCGAUGGUGCACAGAAUGUGCCGGCCUCAACAACUCUAUCGACGACGAGUGGUGUGGCUGUUCCGAUCGCUUCAUCUGACACAACAAAACAACAGACUGCAUCAUCGUCUCAAGACGCAAAAUCAGUUGCAGGAAGCACCUCGAAACCUGCUACACCAUCAGCGCUUACAUCCACUCAGCCUCAAGCACCAACCACAAUGACCGCUACCGCUACAGUAGUGCCAACAACACCGCAAACUUCUCAAACUAUUUCAACCACCUCACCUUCCGCAUCUACAAGCCCGUCAAUUCAAAACACUCAAACCACUACCUCAAUCCAGCAACCGAUCACCUCCACAUCACCAUCUACGUCCACAUCGUCCGCUAGUGUCCCCGCAAAACCCGCAGAUACAGCAGUUUCGUUCACGUUCAAAUUACCAACAGCCACCACCACAUCAGUUCAGGGUGCAUCAGCUGAUCAGAAAUCAUUCACGAAAUCGGCUCAAGAAUCGACAGUGCAGCAAAACAAUAUGGAUGAAGGCAUGAUGGACGACGAAGGAGCGGCGGCUACCUCCGCAGUGUCCACGAAUCUCUUCUCGUCUGCGCUUUCGCUAGGCAUUGGCGGUGCCACGUCCACUUCAACGCCACAAACCGCGAAAAGUAUUUUCGGUGGAGGUAUGAAAUUGGGCGGUGGUAUCACACAACCAGCAUCAUCGUCUUUGUUUGGUUCGGCCGUCUCUUCGGCUCCAGCGAGUUCGGUGUUCGGUGGAGGUGUGAAUGCGACGACGACCAGUAACCAACAACAAUCAACACCAUCAUUUUCAUUUUCGGCUGCUCUCGCCAAUCCACAGCAGUCAACCGGCAGUGUGUUCGGUGCGAAGCCUGUUGUGACUGGUGCAACGUCAACAUUCGGAGGUGCACCAACGUUUGGAUCGAAACCAACAUUCGGUGCGCGUUCACCACUUGCAUCUGCGUUCUCACAAGCUUCUGGAGUUCAAGCCACACAACCGACGGUGCCUUCGAGUGGUGGAAUAUUCUCUGCAUUCGCCCACUCGGGCGUAUCGUCAGGUUUCGGUGCGUUGGCAGCCGCCAGUCAACAGCAAGGUCAGAAAAGUUCUCUGUUCGGUGGUAGUGGGUUUGGUUCACUUGUCCAGCAACAACAACAACAACAACAGAAACCAUCCGUUUUCGGCGGUUCCACCUUCGGUGCACAAGCGAACACUCAAAGGUAUCUUGUCGUGACUAGAUUCUCAAAAAUCUUUUAA